AUGACUGAGCAAGUCCCAAUUAUUAGUCUCGCGGGGUACUACAGGACCGGGCUGCACUCCUCGGAAGGGCAAAGCAUCAUACAAACCAUAGCCACCGCCGCCUCAACAUGGGGUUUCUUCCUCAUCACAGACACGGAAGUGUCUCCCAAAAUUCAGUCAUCCUUACUGUCAACCUCCCAGGCCUUCUUUGACCUACCUCUUUGCAUCAAGGAAGCCCUGGACGUACGCGCUGGGGGGGUAGCCUGGCGCGGUUACAUGCCACUUGGUGGUGAGCACACCCACGGACAAAUUGACUGGAAGGAAGGUCUGUACGUUGGCCCCGAGCAUUCUGAUGAGCACCCGUUCAUUGGUCUGCCACUACACGGCAAGAACCAGUUUCCCGACCAAGCUCUCCCAAACAUGCGGCAAGAAGUGCUACAGUACGUGAACGAAGUAAUAAAGCUGGGAAAAGCCCUGACAGAUAUGUUCUCAUUGAGUUUGGGCUUGGAUAAAGAAGAGUUGCGCAAGCGCUUCCUGGAACCAGAGCCAGUAGUAAUCUUUCGAUGUUUCAAGUAUGCCCCUAUCGAAGGAGAUGCUGUAAAUGGACCGAGUGGCGGUGAGGAUGGCUUCGGCAUAGGCGAACAUACGGAUUUUGGUUAUCUCACCAUCCUGAAAGUGGAUUCGCCUGGCCUUCAGGUUCUCUCUCCGACUGAUAAGUGGGUGGACGUUCCGUGUGUUGAGACCUCUUUCGUAGUAAAUGUAGGUGACAUGUUUGACCAACUUACGUGGGGCCGCUAUCGAUCUCGUCCUCACCGCGUCCGCCGACCGAUAUCGGGCUCUCUGCCGCGCUAUUCUUUCCCUCUUUUCUUCGACUUCGCCUGGAACGCUGAGAUGGAACGUCUGUCACUGGAACAUCUUUCGCCACUAUCCGAAAAUGAGAAGGAACUGGCCGAGUUGCGGUGGGCCGCCACAACCUUUCGCGAGGUUAAGGGGAGGUGGUCUCAAUAUUUGGCGCGCAAGGUUCAAAAGGUAUUUCCGAAUAUGGGUCUUCCUGACUUCGGGCCGAAUGCUGCUCCUUCAACUAGGUUCACAAGAGAGGUAGUGUCGUAG